AUGCUCAGUCCUGCUGUGGUGGAGUUAUGGACACUAUAUUCUUUUGGAGUGGCCAUAACGCUGCUUAGAACAUAUGCUCGAUGCAGGGCCGUGGGAUGGAAGCAAUUCGCGGCCGACGACUACUUGAUAUUCUACACCGCGCAAACGGCUCUUGCAUAUAGUGUUAGCAGUGAGGCCCAUGGCCUGGCGAACAGUGGAAUGACAGAUUCCCAGAGGGCGACACUCUCUACUGAGAGUCCAGAAUACCACCAAAGAGUGAUUGGCUCAAAAAUCCAGGUUGCGGGCUGGGCUACUUAUAUGGCGUUGAUUGCGUCCCUGAAGCUGUCCAUGAUGGCCUUCUACGUCCGACUCACAAAUGGUCUUGGUCACCGCUAUCGCAUUCCAGUUUGGAUUGGAUUUGCGCUUGUUAUUGGGUCGUUCGUGGCGAGUAUCAUCGUCAUUCUUGCAGCCUGCCGGCCAUUCCACCAUUACUGGCAGAUCUACCCAGAUCCUGGAAAUAUCUGUCAACCCGCUAUAUCCGAAGCGAUCGUCUGGGUCACCUUCAUCGCUAACAUUAUCACCGAUCCCUACCUCAUCUUCAUACCAAUCCCCAUGCUGUGGAAAUCUAGCCUGAAGCUCAUCAAGAAAAUUGCGACGACUAUUGUGCUGGGCGCCGGUGUGUUUGUCCUCGUCUGCGCCACUCUCAAGAGCGUCUUCCUCAUCACGGAACUGCUCAAUGGCGCCGAGAUCGCCAAUUCAUGGGGCACGCGCGAGACCUUCGUCGCGGUCGUCACAACCAACCUCCCGAUGAUCUUCCACCUCUUCAGAUCCUGGCUCACAGUACUCUUCGGAAGUGCCUUCCAAUCAACCGAGAAGACCUCGUACAAGUCACCCUGUAUCGGCGGCAGCGAAUUCACCAGUCGCAAUUAUCGGGGUCGGCGCGGACCCCCUAGCGUGAACCCCAUCACCAACAUGACAUUCAGCGAGAGCAAGGAACGGAUAGUUGAGGAGGUCAAGAUGCAGAACAUGAACAUUUACUCGGAGACUGUGACCGACAGCGCUAUACUCAAAGGCAUAGUGAUCUCCAACCAGAUUGAGGUUACCCAUGAGACUAGAAGUAGCCACGGUCGGUAUCCAAAGUGUUAA